AUGUCAGCUCUGAGACACCCUUCCACUCUGUUGAGUUUUGUUCUCAUUCUGUUAAAUCUUCAUCCGGUAUGGGGAAUAUGUCCAAAGCACGAAGUUUUGCUCCACAACCUCAAGUCAAGGUACUUCCUAGACAAGGGAGAAAAACUGGAGGCAUGGGCUAAACUCAUUCCUGAACCUUGGGGAGAUAAUCGAAUGAUUGGAAGCCUCUCAAAUACAGAGCACUUGACAUUUAAUUUAACAAGCUCAGAAAUAUCUGCAGAACGGCAAGCUAUAGGAGUUAUAUCCAGAAAUGUUGUAAGUAUUGCUAGACAAUGGCCAAUUUGUUUUGGUAUUUGUAAUUCAGGUAUCUGGUUUAAUAGCUCAGGAGAAGUUUAUUUAUAUAGAAUAGGGACUCCACAGACAGUUUCCAUUGGAGAAAAGGAUAAACAAAGAAGAAACCAGGGUUACAACUACUCUAGGGAUGUUGUGUUUAGGAUUGAGGCGUUUUCUGAAGAUCAGUCUUGUAUCACAUUAAAAGCUGAAACAAAUGUAACUAUCGGAUGUCCACUUCGCCGACAUAUUAUUCCCCGGGGGAAACCUACCAGUUGUGCUGGCUUUCGAAACUACUCCUAUCUAGUGCAAAGAUAUGACGGAGAAACUUUUGUAAAAGAAGUAGAUGUGAACUAUAUUAUGUGGGAACAGCACGGACGAGCAGGCUACAAGUACAGUGCAACAAUGAAAGAGGCUGGGUGUAUUAGUGAGGCGCAGAGUUGGGAAAAGAUGAUACGCGGGUCUACUCAGGAAGAAACCAUGGAAUCAGCGUGGUCUAAAGAGAAUUACCAGAGCUGUUUUCAACAGAAUUCUCCCUUGUCUGUAGCUAAUCUUGAUCAGCCAUAUGAAAUCCUUAACAGCUCUGAAGCCUCCUCGCAUAUUGUGUGGAGUGAUGUCGGCACGUUUGUCUUCACGCUGAAAGUUAUCGAUCCUGACUUCAGCUUCUGUAACCUGACGAUGGAGUUUGGUGUUCAAGUGUACGGCGCAGGGAGCGCCAUGGAAGAGAUUCCUACUUUUGUUGUCCUUGGUUCUUCUUGUCUUGCCACCGUAAUCCUGCUUUUUUCCGGUUACUACACGGCUGUGCUUUGUUCAAACUAA